GGGGUGGUGUGUGGAGAGGAGAGAGGGUGCAUGGGUUUACUGAAACUGACCAGGAAUAUAGCACAUAUGGAGAAGAUGAAGCUGGGGGACAGAGGUUACUGGUGGACAGGCUACGUUGACUCUGCUUUAUCAGCCAGGGGCUGGGCAUGGCUGAUCUCUGGACCCUCAGAUUGAGCAAACACAACAAAAGACGGGCAGCACCUAAAUCUGUUGGAAACAAAGACAGGGUAGGGGAGAGAUGUGAGCCAAAGGAAGUCAAGGGAAAGCAAAGUUGUAAUAGCGUGGCAGAGGGAAAACAGCAGCUGUAAGAGUUAAACAUUGAUACAGGCUCUUUUGGGCACAAUGGCGGACAGAGGAUUGUGUUGAAGGUUUUGGGGAGGAGUAUGAAAGAUUUGAAAAGACGUGGGAGGGUGGAAUGGGUCAGAGGCAAGGGUCCGACAGAGAGUAAUUGUGGUGACAGCCAGUGCAAGGGGACAAGGACUCAUGUGAGACACAGGGGAAUUAAAAGAUAAAAGACAUAGAGAGGGAACAGAGAGGGACUGGCAGACCCAAAACUGGACUUCAGUAUGGGUGUCAAGAGAAAGGCUGCUGUAGCUAUCUUAGUCCUGCUGCUGUUCCUCGGCUCCCUGUGGCUCCAGGGGGGUUUGGAUUACCACUGGGAUUCCUGUUUGAAAGGUUAUAAUCAGGUGGACAAGUUUCACCAGCUGUCCAACAGCAGUGGGGCUGAUGGAGCUGAGGGUUCGCAGGUCCUGGAGGACUGCCCUGGUCAGACCUUCCAGGUGUCUCUUCUUCUCUCCCACCUGGAGUCUGCACCAGCCUACACCUCUGAUGUGCUGCUACAGCCCUAUCUGUCCAGCUGGGAUGAGCUGGUGAGGUUUAUGGAGGCUCUGGGCCCGAUGGUGCGACUGAUAUCUAAAGAGAUAGAAACAAAGACCUCCAUAAUCCGCCAACUGGCCUUUUUGUCAGAGCAGGAUCCCGAGGCAGAGCUGGGCCCAGAUGUACACUCAGUAAAUUCUGAGAGCACCGAUGCCGGGACGAAGAGCGAUUUAGAGGCCUCGCAGCACACAGGCGCUUACCACUCGGUGCGCUCCAUGAUCUGGGUGGAACUGAACCGAGGCGUGGUGGACUUUCACCACCAGACGGACUCUGGGUGUCGGACUCUCCUACGCCUGCAUCGCGCGCUGCUGUGGCUGAAGCUCUUUCUGGAGAAGCUGGCCGAGACACCGGCGGCAGGCCGGCUCAGGAGCCCCUCGGAGCUGUGUCGGGAGGCCUACCAGAACACACUCGCAAACCACCACACCUGGUUUGUGCGCAGGGCAGCUGAGAUUGCCUUCCUUGCCCUGCCAGAACGAGGUUUCUUCUUCAGGCUGGUGUGUGUGCAGGACCAGGAGAAGCUGAGCACAGUGCUGAGCCGAGUCGUCCAGGCCAUCGGAGAGGUUUAUGACAGGACAGAGAAAGCCCUGGAGGAAAAUGGCAUGCUAAACUUGCCAUGAAGAACUGACUGGACAUAGAGUCCUGACUCUUGGUUUAUCAUGUUUUGCACUGUCCUGAUGAUAUCAAGUCCAGCAACUAAUAAUAUUUCCCUUCCUAACCAAAGUGCUGUGGAACAAUCAAGUUACACUGAAAGUCAGUUUUGAUUUCAGUCCGACAUUCCUCAUCAAACAAGAAUAUCUCUUGACUUCUUCUCACCGCGGAGGAAUUCUGUAAGGGCAGCUGAUGAUGCAUUUGCUAAACACACACUGUGAAUUAUUUAAGCAGCUGGACACAACAACACAAACCUCUGCUGUAACAAUUGUCACAGAGGAGCUGAUAUUUUUCAUAGACUGAACAGUUCACAUGUUUGUGCCAACUCCCCACUCCCAUGUUUGAUUGGUAAAACAUUUUUUCUACAUUUUAAAAAUGUUAUUGAAAAUGACCGCCUUUUUAAUCAUGGUUAAAUUUUGGAGAUACACUUUGCUUCUUCAAAACGAGCUUGGUCUAGAUGCCUUGUAGACCAAAAGUAGGGGACCAAUCGAGCCUGAUCAAGUCAAUCAAAUUCACAGCGUGCAGAAGUUUUUGUAUCACGUUCAGAAUAAUUAAAUAUCUAGAAAAAAUUAACUAGAGAGAAUACAAAUGCCUGUUUUACAAAAUAGUCUGGUCCAGUAAUGUGAUAACUUUGACCUUUAAAUGCCACCGAGCUGUUGAGUAAUACUGUCCAGCAGAGGUUCCAGUGCUCUGCCUCGGUCUAAACUUCACUUUUCCUCACAUCACGGUUAAUAUCAUCGUGUGACGCACACGGACCUGGACAGGUUUUGUGGAAAUGGCCCAAUGGCAGAGUAAACUCUUUUUUAAAGGCAAUCCCAGCUGGGAAGAUCUCUUCAUGAAAAUAUAUUAGACGUGAAAGGUUAAACAUUAGAACUCCUGAUUUAGGGAUGUGUGACCAACUCGGAGAAAGGUAUGUGCAAAUAUCAGUUACUGGCUCUUCGCUUGAUUAGACUAUUUUAAACCCACAAAUACCUCUAAUGCCACGUAAUCCUGGCUCUCGCCCCUUUCCUGGACUCAGUCUCUCUUUCUGAGGUGAAGAAAGGAGAGAUAAGGAUAGAGCCCGAGGACACGGAGUGAGCAGGAGACAGGAGCCGGUUGAAGGUCAGUGAGCAGAAAUGCGCUUCAGCUGUAAUCUUGUCAAGCAGUCGGGGUCAGACUAUUUUAAAGCAGCUCCCGAGGGGGAAAAUGUCCAACCUGAACAGGGAUUCACAUAUUACUGAUCUUGGCUCGAUCAAUAUCUAUGAUCAUGAAAUAAUAUCAGUUGCACAAGGAUCAAGCCAAGAUUUCAAUCUGUGACCUCUGCCCACGUGAUGUGUACAGGAGGAUCACGCCACGUGUCGCAGGUAUUUCCAGUACGUAUUCACUUCCUCGUAAUCUUAUAAAAAUACACUGCAGAGAUUCUCACUAUAGUUCACGUCACACUGUACGACUUUCAUCUGUCACAAAAGACAGAAGGACCUCUUCUCUUUUGCUUUCUCGUUCGCCUGUAGUGUGUCUGCACAAGUGAACACUGGGGACCACUGGUGUUGUAGGCCGUGAGGAUUAUGGUGAAUGGGAUUACAUUAGAUUAUAUCCCACUGACGUAACCUUUGACACUGACUGGCUGGCUUCUUUUUCUGUCUCCUACAAACAGCGUAGCACAUUUAACUACACUGAGUCAUGACAAUUACAAUGACAAGUGCUUAAAAGAAAAAUACAAAAAAGGAAAGAUGAUCGAGAGGUAGAGGCAAAAAUUCAUUUUGAUCUUGAGUU